AUUUCAUGUGAUUUUCAUAUAUUUUAGGUUCUAAUAAUGCGUGUGCAGUUCACGAAUGGAAUGGGACGUUUAAAAAUGAACCGGUUCGGUUCAAAAUGACUUCUGUUUGUGGUCAUGUGAUGAGCUUGGAUUUUACUGGGAAAUAUAAUAAUUGGGAUAAAGUGGAUCCCGUGGAACUAUUUAACUGCCCUACGGAGAAGAAAGAGGCCAUGCCUCGACUGAGAAUACCUGCGUUCUUAGGACAAGAGGCUAGAGGCUGUGAUUAUCUGGUUCUAUGGCUUGAUUGUGACAAAGAGGGAGAGAAUAUCUGUUUUGAGGUUAUGAACUGUGUACUGCCAUAUAUGAAAGGCGAUGUGUAUUCUCCUACUGUGACAUUUCGAGCUAAGUUCUCAGCAAUCACAGACAAAGACAUUAAGGCUGCUAUGCUGAACCUUAUCAGGCCUAAUGAGAAUGAGUCUAGGAGUGUGGACGCAAGGCAGGAACUUGACUUACGUAUAGGUUGUGCCUUUACAAGGUUUCAAACUAAAUACUUCCAAGGAAGAUAUGGUGACCUUGAUGCAUCUCUAAUAUCCUACGGUCCUUGCCAGACACCUACCCUUGGCUUCUGUGUGCAACGUCACGAUGAGAUCCAGACAUUCAAACCAGAGACUUAUUGGGUCCUUAGAGUAACUGCUUCUACGUCCGAAGGCAGGGAAUUACCGUUGGAAUGGAAACGAGUCAGAUGCUUUGAAAAGGAUAUUGCGAAUAUGUUCUUAGCAGGCAUCAAGGAGAUUAAGGAGGCAGUGGUUGUGAACAUUCAAGCUAAGGAGAAAGUAAAGCCACGGCCCACAGCUUUGAACACUGUGGAGCUGAUGAGAGUAGCCAGUGCUGGGCUCGGCAUGGGGCCUCACCAUGCCAUGCAGAUAGCAGAGCGACUGUAUACUCAAGGUUACAUUUCAUACCCUCGUACCGAAACAACCAGUUAUCCAGAGAAUUACGAUUUGAUCGGCACGCUGCGCCAACAGCAGAACUCGUCCAAGUGGGGCGCGGACGUGCGCGCGCUCAUCGCCAACGGCAUCAACAAGCCGAAGAAAGGCCACGACGCUGGCGACCACCCGCCCAUCACGCCCAUGAGGCCCGCGACGGAGUCGGAGCUGGAAGGCGACAUGUGGCGUAUAUACGAUUACGUGACGCGUCACUUCAUAGCGACACUAUCCCGGGACUGCAAGUACCUGAGCACCACCAUCACCUUCCAGAUCGGCACCGAGACGUUCUACUACACCGGAAACACGCUCGCCGACGCCGGGUACACCGAGAUCAUGCAUUGGCAGGCGUUCGGUAAAGACGAGUUCGUGCCAGUCCUGAACGUGGACGACGUGUUGAAGGCGCACGACCACCGCCUGGUGGAGUGCCAGACCUCGCCGCCCGACUACCUCACUGAGUCAGAGGUGAUCACGCUAAUGGAGAAGCACGGCAUUGGUACGGACGCGUCGAUCCCUGUGCACAUCAACAACAUUUGCCAGCGCAACUACGUGACCGUGGGCAGCGGGCGGCGGCUCGUGCCCACCAACCUGGGCAUCGUGCUCGUGCACGGAUACCAGAAGAUCGACCCAGAACUAGUCCUGCCAACCAUGCGUUCAGCGGUAGAGGAGCAACUGAACCUUAUAGCAGUCGGCCGGGCAGAUUUCCACGCGGUGCUAACUCAUACUUCGGAGAUAUUCCGUCGAAAGUUCCAGUACUUCGUGCGCUCCAUAGAGGCCAUGGAUCAGCUGUUCGAAGUGAGCUUCUCGUCGCUCAAGGCGAGCGGGAAAGCGCUGUCGCGGUGCGGCAAGUGUCGUCGCUAUAUGAGGUAUAUUCAGGCCAAGCCGGCGGCGCGGCUCCACUGCUCGCACUGCGACGACACAUACGGCCUGCCGCAGCACGGCACGGUGCGCAUCUACCGCGAGCUCAAGUGCCCGCUGGACGACUUCGAGCUGCUCUCCUGGUCCUCCGGCAACAAGGGGAAGAGCUUCCCGCUCUGCCCGUACUGCUUCAACCAUCCGCCGUUCAGGGACAUGAAGAAAGGCUUCGGGUGCAACUCAUGCACGCACCCCACGUGCCCGUACGGCGUCAACUCCACCGGCGUGUCGGGAUGUGUGGAGUGCGAGGCGGGCGUGCUGGUGCUCGACCCCUCCGCGCCCAAGUGGAAGCUGGCCUGCAACAGGUGCGACGUGAUCAUAAACAUAUUCGAGGACGCGACCCGCGUGUCGGUGUGCGAGCAGCAGUGCGAGGCGUGCGGCGCGCAGCUGGUGGCCGUGGAGUACCGCGCCGAGCGCACGCGCCUGCCCGCCGCGCUCACGGAGAUGACCGCCUGCCUCUACUGCGAGCCCGCCUUCUCCGCGCUGGUGGAGAAGCACCGCGCCGUGGCGUCCCGCGCGCCCGCCCCGCGCGGCCGCGGCGGGCGCGCGCGCUCCACCAAGCACCGCGCCAAGCAGCCCAAGGACAAGAUGGCGCAGCUCGCCGCGUACUUCGUAUAAACUAUACCUUUCAUAGCAUUAUGACAUGAAAUUUUUCCUUCGGUCCAUUUAUGGGACAGACUAACUGCUGCUUAGUCAUCAGUAACUGUGACAUGAUGUCAGCUGUAGGCAAAUGGGGUCAAAUUUAGUUUUGGUUACUUUGGCCGUAGGACAGGCAAAGGAAAGUUAACCCAUACAGCCAAGUCAUAUGGUAAAAAAAUUAGGUCUAAACUAAUAGUUUUGACGGUUCUCCCACUCAUCAAGUAUCGCAUUAAUCAAUAACAACGUUAGAGGAGGCAACCGGACACAAAUCCUGGAAAUUAUGAGAUAUCAAUUAUCUAUGAUCCAAACAUAAAUUCAAACUCAUAAAUGCGUAUACAGAGCUCGAGCCGGGGUUCGAACCCGUACCACUGCGAUGUAAGUCACGUGUUCCCCGAACAGGGCUGUCACAGAUUCUACAGACUACACAAACUAUUAAUAAUUAAUCGGUUUAGUAUCUGUAAUCUGAAGAAAUAUAAUAACAAAUGAUCUGAUUCUAAUAUUUGCGUCCAUCAUCAUCAUCAAUUUAAGAGCCACGCUCUUGUCGGUGCAAAUUAUCCAUGCUACUUUUUUAGGGAAAAAUAGGGCAGUGGUUUCCCUCUUGCCUUCCGCCCCGCAGUACUCUGUCUGACGCAAGUGGGAUGGCGCCCAGAGUAGUCUAUUACAAAUCCAUACUAGGACUCCUGUCCUCCGCUUCUGAAUAGUACUGACAGUUACUGCCGCCCUCUGUCAGCAUUACGUUUUUAAUAAUUUGCAUAAUUUAUACAUUAGUUAAUCAUUAACGUUAUUUCAUGAAUUAACCGUGUCAAUACAAAGCCACCAACUAAAUAUUUAUUAUCUAAGUGUGUAUUAAAAUUGUAAGUGUAACUUUUAUAUUUAUGUGUACUGUAAGUAUUAUAAAUAAAUCUAUUUAGAACUA